GCAAGUCACUCGACUGUUAGCAACCUGGCUGACCACGUGCGGACGCGCAGGUAAGCCGCCUGCUUCUAUAAAAGAGUCAGCGCCGAGACCUGCGGAGAACGGCGAGAUAAGGAAGACGAGGUAUCUUGGACAAAAAGAAGACUGUUGAAUGUAGAUCUGUUGUGCAGGGAUGGGCGACUCCAAAGAGGACUCUGUUUCAAGGGUAAACAAAGUUGCCUUCAGAGUGGCAGCCAAAGAAAAUAAAGACAAGGGCUCAGCAGUGAAACAGAAGGCCCAAGCAGCAACUAACCCAGCAACAUCUUCUAGUGACCAAAUGCCCCGAAGAUCAUCACGAGCGGUGCAAAGCAGACCUGAGGACACUGGAACCAUCAGCCUCAAGGGGCUCAUAGCAGCACAGAGGUUCACUAAAGGAUUAAAGGAGCGGACUGCUUUAAAACUUGCUGCAAAACUGGGCCCUGGAGCACGCCUUCGUAAACCUGUCACCAUCAUUUAUGAUCAGGUACCCAGCACCUCCUCUAAGCCAAAAGAGAAAUUCUCUUGCGCUGGAGUGGAUGAACUUAUGAAAAACUACCUUGUGUCAAGGCUUGAAAAGGUCUCCUAUGAUCCUCUAGUGUCCACCAGACUUGCCCAGGACCUGAGCGAUGACAUCAAGCGUAUGGUGAAAAAAAUCACCCCACCACGCUACAAGCUUGUGUGCGUGGUCACAGUGGGAAAGAAGGAAAAGGAGGCGGCGGUGGUGGCAAGCCGCUGUCUCUGGGACACACAUGCGGACAGCUUCACUUCAUACACCUAUGAAAACCAGUCUCUCUUUUGCGUUGCCACCAUCUUUGCUGUUUAUUUUGAGUGACUAUUUUGUGUUGUUAUGUCACCCGAGAUGAAAAGAUGUUUUCACAGCACAAGAUAUAAUAGUGUUAGCAAUUCUGUGCCAAGGAGGUCACUUUAUAAUGACUGAAACUUCUAAGAGACUGACAUUCACAAUAAAAUAAGAUGAAUAAACAGCUGACUCUAUUUCACAACUAGGAAGUAAAUAAAUAAGUAAGUAAAUGUUUGAUUUUCAGCUUUUCAGGGCUCAUCUGACAGCUUACUAUGAGAUGACAUCCAACUCCUUGGAGCUCCAAGGGUUAUUUAAUAAGGUUUUUAUUUUGUACUGAUAGAUAACAUAAGUUUCGGCUUUUAGUCAGAACAAGCCCUGUUGUAAUAAACACAUUUUGAAAAUCCAACUUGUAAGACUGUUGUAAAAUAUAUAUUUAUUAUCAAA